UGACAGGAAGUCAACUUCAAGUGGACUGACUUGAAUCAGGAUCUCAUUUGGGAAGCAUAAGUAUCCAAUAAACAGCAUUAUUAUUUUAUUAUUAUUUGGCAAAUACUCGCACUCCAGUGGCUUUUCAUCCUGUACUUUACUUUCUGAAAACCUGGCCAUCCCAUGUGGACUUCUGGUAGAAUGAGCAAUGCAAAGAGCUGGCUUGGACUCAGCAUGUCCUUGUACUUCUGGGGAUUGAUGGACCUUACGACCACCGUUCUCUCGGGCACACCAACACCGCCAGGCAAAUUAGAAGCACUCCUGUCAGACAAGCCACAGUCACACUCGCGGACAAAGAGGAGCUGGGUUUGGAAUCAGUUUUUUGUUCUGGAAGAGUACACUGGAACUGACCCUUUGUAUGUCGGCAAGCUCCAUUCGGACAUGGACAGGGGGGAUGGAUCCAUCAAAUACAUCCUCUCAGGAGAAGGGGCAGGCGUCGUGUUUACCAUCGACGACACCACCGGGGACAUCCACGCCAUUCAGAGGCUCGACCGAGAGGAAAGGGCCCAGUACACCUUGAGGGCUCAAGCCCUGGACAGGCGGACAGGCAGGCCGAUGGAGCCGGAGUCGGAGUUCAUCAUCAAAAUCCAAGACAUCAAUGACAAUGAGCCCAAGUUCCUGGAUGGACCUUAUAUUGCCACCGUGCCAGAAAUGUCACCAGUGGGGACCUCUGUUAUCCAGGUGACGGCCACAGAUGCUGAUGACCCAACCUACGGCAACAGUGCCCGGGUAGUGUACAGCAUUCUCCAGGGCCAGCCAUAUUUUUCUGUGGACUCCAAAACAGGUGUAAUUAGGACAGCACUCAUGAACAUGGACCGAGAAGCCAAAGAAUACUACGAAGUGAUUAUCCAAGCCAAGGACAUGGGGGGACAGCUUGGAGGAUUAGCUGGAACCACGACGGUCAACGUCACCCUCUCGGAUGUCAAUGACAACCCACCCCGCUUUCCCCAGAAACAUUAUCAGAUGAGUGUGUUGGAAUCGGCUCCCAUUAGCUCCACUGUGGGGAGAGUGUUUGCCAAGGACCUGGACGAAGGAAUCAACGCAGAGAUGAAGUACACGAUUGUGGAUGGAGACGGUGCCGAUGCCUUUGACAUUAACACAGACCCCAACUUCCAAGUUGGCAUCAUAACUGUGAAGAAGCCCCUGAGUUUUGAAAGCAAGAAAAGCUACACCUUAAAAGUGGAGGGAGCCAAUCCUCACCUGGAGAUGCGUUUCCUGAACCUGGGCCCGUUUCAGGACACGACGACUGUGCACAUCAGUGUGGAAGACGUGGACGAGCCCCCUGUAUUUGAACCUGGCUUUUACUUUGUGGAGGUACCUGAAGAUGUGGCAAUCGGAACAACCAUACAGAUCAUUUCUGCCAAGGACCCAGAUGUGACCAACAAUUCAAUCAGAUAUUCCAUUGACAGAAGCAGUGACCCUGGGAGAUUCUUCUAUGUUGACAUUACAACAGGCGCCCUAAUGACUGCAAGACCCCUCGACAGAGAAGAGUUUUCUUGGCAUAAUAUCACUGUCCUCGCUAUGGAAAUGAACAAUCCUUCCCAGGUUGGAAGUGUUUCUGUCACAAUCAAAGUCUUAGAUGUGAAUGACAAUGCUCCAGAGUUCCCAAGAUUUUACGAAGCUUUUGUCUGUGAGAAUGCCAAAUCAGGGCAGAUGAUCCAGACAGUGAGUGCAGUGGACCAAGAUGACCCACGUGACGGCCAGCACUUCCACUACAGCUUGGCCCCAGAGGCGGCUAACAACCCCAACUUCACUGUGAGGGACAACCAAGAUAACACUGCCCAGAUCCUAACAAGGCGGUCUAGCUUCCGGCAGCAGGAGCAGAGUGUCUUUUACCUGCCCAUCCUAAUAUCAGACAACGGGCAGCCAGUGCUGAGCAGCACAGGCACGCUGACCAUCCAGGUGUGCAGCUGUGAUGACAACGGCCACGUCCUGUCCUGCAGCCCAGAGGCCUACAUGCUCCCAGUCAGUUUGAGCCGGGGUGCCCUCAUCGCCAUCCUGGCCUGCAUCUUCGUCCUCUUAGUGCUGGUGCUGCUCAUCUUGUCCAUGAGGCGGCACCGGAAGCAGCCGUACAUCAUCGACGACGAGGAGAACAUCCACGAGAACAUCGUCCGCUACGACGACGAGGGCGGCGGCGAGGAGGACACCGAGGCCUUCGACAUCGCGGCCAUGUGGAACCCCCGGGAGGCGCAGGUGGCCGGCGCCCCCAAGACGCGGCAGGACAUGCUGCCGGAAAUCGAGAGCCUCUCCCGCUACGUGCCUCAGACGUGCGCCGUGAGCAGCACCGUGCACAGCUACGUGCUGGCCAAGCUCUACGAGGCCGACAUGGACCUGUGGGCCCCGCCCUUCGACUCCCUCCAGACGUACAUGUUCGAGGGGGACGGCUCGGUGGCCGGGUCGCUGAGCUCUCUGCAGUCGGCCGCAUCGGACUCGGAGCAGAGCUUCGACUUCCUCACGGACUGGGGGCCCCGCUUCCGGAAGCUGGCGGAGCUCUACGGGGCGGCGGAGGGGCCAGCGCCCCUGUGGUGACGGAAGCCGGGAGGCAUGUGCGCGUCCAAACGCGGACGUGCUAGGCGGAUGCUUCGCGGACGAGGUGCAACCAACCCACACGAGCAAUACUGUGCUGGAGAGUUCGAGAAUGGAGUGAGCAGGAGAACAGGGCUCUCUCUGGAUCAGCUUUACUACUUGGUUAGAUUAAAUAAACAAGAGGAAAUGCAAGAAGAAGGGGGCAGAAUCUCCAAUUAUCUUUUUUACUUUUCUUUUUGAUUUUUGUGACACUAUUCAAAGGCUUGGAGUCCAAGGUUAGAUAUGGCAAGCUUGGCUUUUCUUUGCCUUUCACCAAGGUCUUUGUCACUUUUCCACCACAAAGAGGCUCUGAUAUUAAAUCUAGAGGUGGCCGUUGAAAGCAGACAGAAAGUUCUACUCUCACAUCCUCUUUAUUUUAUUAUUCUCCAAUUCAGAGUUUGGCUGGCUCGUCAAACCACACAAACCAAUCCACGCAGAAGAACGCUGAAAAAAAAUGUUCCUCGGUGGAAUUAACCUACUUGUCCUGGAAUGGAUGGAAUUUCUUUUAACCCUUUUGCGACAAAGUUUAGGGGAAUCGGCCUUGCAUGGGGGCCGGGUGGGGGUGGGAGGAGGAAGAGGCAUUGACUUUGCGCUCAAGUUUAACGGCUGAACCAAGAGUCGUUGGCAUUACGACAAAUCCAACUCCGUCAAUUCGAGUGCUCUUGUUCUCCCAGCUCUUUCACUGUGCCCCUGCAAAAUCGUUCAGAACGAAACCAGAAAAUCUGCCUCUUUUGCACUGUAGAUAUCUCUUCCAUGUGCCAAAUGUGAAGAUUAGAUGCUACAAAUGAAAGCCAAAUAAAAAGAAGUAUCUGAUAAAAGCAUGGGUUAGAGGGCUUUCCUAAUCUGUGUGAGGUCAAUCCAAGGGAUGUUUACAUACUGUAGAUAACCUACUUGAACAAAAAUCAGUAUUAUAGAGAAUGGAUGUAAGAAAAUUACAUGUAUAAGUUUUGUAUAUUUGUUAAUAAUUUUGGUAAUAAAUAUGAUGCACUGCAUCUCAGUACCUUAGCACUUCUUUUAAUAAAAGUUAAAUAGAAGG